CAAGUUUGCUCUAGAGUUAGAAAGAAUGGCAACAUCCACGUUUUUAAAAAACAUUUUAAAAUGCUUGUGCUUCAAGUGUAAAAGUAACAAUGAGAGCAUAGAGAAGCUGAUACCAAACGAGUUAUCCUGGUUUAAAAAAAAGGUUGGUGAAUCUUGGAAAUUAACUGAGCGGGACAUAAAAGCAGCCAUGAGUUCUGAAAAGGACGAUAAUUCCAGAGUGGUAGCCCGAUUAGACACAAAAAUGAAAACUCUUGAAACAAACUUGGAGGAACAUAUGAAAUACAUGGGCACACAAUUAGCAGCGAUUCUGGAUAAAAUAGUAAAAAAACCGGAGGAAACUGAUUCUGGUGGCAACAAUGGUGAUACAUCAAUAGAGGUAGCCGGAUUUGACACGAAAUUAAAAACCCUUGAAACACACUUAGAGGAACAUAUGCAAUAUAGUGGCAAACAAUUUGCAGCGAUUUUGGAUAAAAUGGAAAACAACACAAAAGAAACUGAUGCCAACCAUGAAAUUAAUGGUGAUAAUUCAAGAGUGGUAGCCGGAUUAGACACGAAAUUUAAAACUCUUGAAACAAAGUUAGAGGAUAUGGCCGCCCAAUUAGCAGCGAUUUUGGAUAAAACGGAAAACAAUACACAGGAAACUGAUGACACCCAUGCAAUUAAUGAAUGACUGAUAACAUAUUCCUUUAAACAAAUCAAAAUAUUUACUGGUUUUUAUAUUUCUCCCAACAAUGAAAUAUUAUUUAAAUGGUUUUCUUGAUAAAUAUUAAACUGACAUGUCAAAUUUUAAACUCUAUGACCAUAAACAAAAUGCCUAAUUCUCAAAUUAAUUUACUGUAUAUUCAAUGACCAUUUGUUCGUUCGGUAACUAUCGGAAUCCAAAAUAGAUAACAUGGAUUUUCAAGAACGGCACAACGUUAUAGGUAUUCCAGCGGAACUUUUGUCCUACUUCCUUCACUAACAAGGUGUAAAAUAUGAUUUAAAGAAAAGUUAUUAAGUUUAAAAAAAGUAAGAAAAAUUAAAAUGGUUUAUCAAGAAUUUGAACUUGCAACUACUUGAACACAAUUCCGUUGCACUUACCACUAGACCAUUAAUUAGUAGUUAUAGGUGACAGUAUAGAUAUCUUUACAUUUGUACUUUUAUUCAGACUCAUGUGUAACUCAUAGUAAACUACGAAAACUAACGAAAACCCUCAAAUAAAUUAAACAGUCAAUACUGCCAAACAAUACGAUACCGUGGUGUGACUUGGUUAUAUUAAUAACAAACUAUAUAUAAACGCGCAAACACCCACACAUGUAUGCAUAUGUUGUAUAAUUUGGAUUUUACUUUGACAUUAUUAUUAUAUAACAUUACAGAAUAUUUUUAGAAUUACUUGACUUUGCAUAAUACUGAUUAAAAGACCCAUUUCUUUAAACAACAUCAUUCAUAAACUUUUAUGCUUAUUUUUAACUAAGAAAUGUGAGUUUUAAUUUUUAUCCUACAGUAGAUGGAACUCAUUACAGGGCACUGAUGUCUUUUUCACUUAGCCUGGCCAAUACACAGAUUGGUAAACUUUCACAUUGCCAGACCUCGAACUUACAAGUAGUUGACAUUUCUUGUCUUUUAUAUGUUUAUAAAUAAGUUACGUGUGAUAUAAGUUUCUAGUUUAUUGUUAAAAUUGUUUUGUUAUACUUUCUCUUUUUUGUAAUCAUUGUUAAUGAUACUGCUGCAAAUUUCAAUGAAUCAUUAUCAAUUUUUAGAAUAAUUAUGUAAAGAAAUGAUAAGCUAAAGCAUUUGUGAGGUAAAUUCUGGUUGGCUUUUUGCAGACGAAUCAGAUAAAUUGUUACAUACAGUGCCACCUGUUUGAAGAUGUUAGCUCACUCUGGGUUUAACCAGACAUCUCAUGGAGUUUUGACGUCUGGUGCUAAUCUUUGAAGAAGUAACAUCUCUGAAAGCUCUCUAAAGUUUAUUAAUUAAUUUAUUUAUUAACUAAUGAAUCUGUUUAGGUACUUUGGCAGUAAGUAAACCUUAGAGACUAUCUAAUUUCACUGAAACUUUUUUGAACAAUUUUUAAGUAAUUUUAGUAAUUUCUUUUUUUAAAGAUUAAUAAAUAUCUUUUCUUCCUUUCCUAAGUGGCAGCCAUAUUGAAUUAAUUGCUAUUCAUUUUAGUUAACAUAAAUUAAAAUAAGGAUUACUACUAAUUAAAUGUAUUAGUUUAUAACACAGAAUCAUUUUGGUUGUUUUUCAUAUUUUCAGUUUUUGUAUAACUGUACAAAGAAAUGUUAUUCUCGUAAGUUUUUUAUAUUUGCUUAGUUUUACUGCAUGAAACAAUAAGUUCCAUAUUUUGUAUAAACCAAUAAAUUGUUUAGAGUCUGCUAGCUACUAACGCACAUCUGCAACGUUUAUUUGAAAUUUUGAUCAGACCGCCCUUUAUUCACGAUUGAUAAUUCCAUUGCACUUGCCUAUCAGUAACGUUGUAAUAGAGGCCUUUGCUAUCGGUGUAUGACAUAAACGAGCAUAGAGCCACAUUUACAAGUAUUCACUAUCAGAUUGGUACAACGCAGUGAUGGCUUUGAAAUGUUGUAGCUUUAUUAUAAAGUCUUUACAAUAAUUUAUUAUUGUACAUGGUUUGUUUUUCAGAUUUAUUAUACCCGUAUCUUAAUUUACCUUAAAUGCAAUACUCCACCUUCAAACGACAUGUCAUGCGCUGUAACUAUCACUUAAUAUUAACAACUUAUUUUUCCUACAUACAUUUUAUGGGACACACGGGGAUAUAACUUUCAAAUUGAUUUGAAAUUGGCGUCUCUGAUUGGAUAAAAAGUGAAGCAAACUGUAGUUUUGAUAUUUCAUACUAUUUAUUGAUUUAUUAUAAUGUAUAUUUUCUAUAUUACUAGCUUCUAAUAAAAUCAAUUAA